AUGGCCCUGCCGCCACCUCCAGGUCUCAAAGCCACCUCUAAACCGCAACCACCCUCCUCACUACCGCCUCGGCCUCCUCCAUCCGCAAAUGCUCCACCACCCUCAUUCAAACCCGCCGUUCCCUCGGCAAGCCACACCAAUGGCGCAGGAAUCCCAAGACCAGCGCACAAUGCGUUCACAGCAUUCGCGCCUCGAUCCGUGACCUCGUCAACCUUUCGAACGGCAAGUGCUGCACAAUAUGUCGCACCUCCAGCACCAUCAUACACCACUCCGACACCGUAUCCUCCGCAACAUGACGCCUACCCUGCGCAACCACAAUACGAACCUCAAUCCUAUGCAGACUCAUCUACUCCCCAAAUUCACAACCCUUUUGCACCACCCACAGCGAACGCUUCAGGUACAGGCUAUACCGGCACCCAACUCAUAGAUCCAGAGAUGGAAGCUCAAAUCCUCCAAUGGCAAAGCGCCUAUGUGAGUAAGGAUGACAACAAAUCCUCCUCCACCUCCGGCUUCCCCCGCCGCGAAGGCGCCACAGGCGCCAACACUGCCCCUUUAGGCAGUUCCUCCCGACUCGAAACCGCAUCCCCAUCCGUCGCGGCCUCCUCGCACUCCACCCCGGGUAAUAGCGACAAUACAGCCAAAACGGUCCACCGCUCCGGCGGCGGCACAACCUGGACCGACAGCACUCUCCUAGAAUGGGACCCGGCCCACUUCCGCCUCUUCGUCGGCAACCUCGCAGGUGAAGUAACCGACGAAUCGCUGCUCAAAGCAUUUUCUAAAUACCCUUCGGUCCAAAAGGCGCGGGUCGUAAGGGACAAGCGAACCACCAAGUCGAAGGGAUACGGCUUUGUCAGCUUUAGCGAUGGAGACGAAUAUUUCGCCGCGGGCAGGGAUAUGCAGGGGAAGUAUAUUGGAAGUCAUCCGGUCUUGUUGAAGAGGAGUAAUACCGAGGUUAGAGCUGCGCCGGUAGGGCAGGGGAGGGAUAAGCAUGGCAGAAAGGGGAAGGGCGGGGCUGGAGGAGGAAGUGGCGGUGCUGGUGGACAUGGGAAGUUGGAACAUGGAGGGAUUAACAAGAAACAGCCGAAGACGAAGGGAGGGCUGAGGGUGCUUGGUUGA